UGUAAAAUCCUGACUCCCCCGAAUGCAUCAUAUCCAAGGAGCGUAUCCUGGACACAAUGAAAUCGCGCACGAGUAUUGAAUGAAAACACCGCUGGACAGGACUAACCGGUGAUGGAAUAAAUUUAACCACGCUGCUCUUUUGUGGACAUUGGCGUCAAGAACACCAAGAGUAAUUCCAGAGGAGAGACAGCGGUUGUUUGCUGCCAAUGGGGCUGUUUGACAAGUUGGCAGGAUGGCUGGGCUUCAAGAAAGAGGUGAAUGUCCUCUGUAUUGGCCUCGACAACAGCGGGAAAACUACCAUCAUCAACAAACUCAAACCUUCUAAUGCUCAGGCACUAGACAUCGUCCCAACCAUUGGUUUCAGCAUUGAGAAGUUCAAGACAUCCAGUCUUUCUUUCACAGUGUUUGACAUGUCAGGCCAAGGGAGAUACAGAAACUUGUGGGAGCACUACUACAAGGAAGGCCAGGCUGUCAUAUUUGUCAUUGAUAGUGCAGAUAAACUCAGGAUGGUGGUGGCCAGAGAAGAAUUGGACACGUUAUUAAAUCAUCCUGACAUUAAACACAGGCGAAUUCCCAUCCUGUUCUUGGCUAACAAGAUGGAUGUCCGAGAUGCUCUGUCAUCGGUUAAAGUCUCCCAGCUGCUCUGCUUGGACAAUAUCAAGGACAAACCUUGGCACAUCUGUGCUACUGACGCAUUGAAAGGAGAUGGUUUACAGGAAGGAGUGGAAUGGUUACAAGAUCAAAUUAAGUCGAUGAGAACAUGAUGGUGUCAAGCAUCUUUUGUGGAAGAAGGUACCAAAAACCAUUUUUAGACACCUGUGGUGUACUUGAAAGAUGAUGAAUGUGUUUGAUUCUCCAACACCAAUAAUCACUGAAAAUCAGCAAGAAUGAUAUGUAUACUUUUUUUUAUUUACAGGUGUAGUGUCUUCUUUUUGAAUCCUUUCCUUUAAAUUUCACUUGGCUUUUGUAUAUAGUCGGUGUGUAUAGUGUAUCAUUUCCUCGCUCGGAAUGCAUUUUUUUUUUUUUUUUUUUUUUUUUACAAGUUCACAAACUCUCCAUUGACAACUUCCAUUUUGUAAAACGAUUCUUUAACAACAACAAAAACACUCAAAUGUAAAAAAACACUUUUAUCUCAGGAUUACUCUGAUAGUAAGUUUCUUUCGGCUUGUCCCUUUCGGGGUCGCCACAGCGUGUCAUCUCAGAUGAACGCACAUAUAUGUUUGGCACAAUUUUUACGCCGGAUGCCCUUCCUGACGCAACCCUUAUGUUGUUGUAGAAUAGGUAUAUACAGUAUCUUACUUUAUCGGUGGCACUAAAAAUGUAAUAGAAAUUAACCAGCAAUCCAACAUAAUUGUGCCAAUAUCAUUUAUUCUUACACUACUGAACGUAAAGUCCAUGAUUGAAGUAACUUGAAAAAGUACCCAAUGCUUAAUUUUUACUCUUUUUCUUCAUGUACUGUUGGUGCAGAAAGUAGUCAUAGCCCCUUAAAUUUUUCACUUUGUUGUAUUGAAGCAAUCAGCUAAAAUCCUUCAGGUUCAUUUUUUUCAUCAUUAAUGUACACAUAGCACCUCAUAUUGACAAAAAAAGAGAAUUAUUGAAAUUAUUUUGCAAAUUUAUUAGAAAAGAAAAACUGAAAUAUAAUAUUUAGUAGAAGCACCUUUUGACCCAAUACAGCCAGGAGUCUUUUAGGGAAUGAUGGAUCACGUUUUUCACACCUGGAUUUGGGGAUCUUGGCCCAUUCCUCCUUGCAGAUCCUCUCCUAUUAUGUCAGGUUGGUGGACAGCCAUUUUCAUGUCCCUCCAAAGUUGCUCAGUUAGGUUUUAGUCAGGGAUAUGGGUGGGUCAUUCAAAAACAGUCGUAGAGCAGUUCCUGAGCCCCUUCUUGGUUAUUUUACCCGCGUGCAUAUGGUCAUUGUCUUGUUGGGAGGUCAAUCUUCAUUUGCCCCAGUCUGAGGUUCUGAGCACUCUGGAAAAGGUUUUCGUCCAAGAUGUCCUUGUAUUUGAAUACAUGUUUCCUUUGAUUGACGAACCAGGCAUCCCGUCGCUCCAGCUGAAAAACACCCUCACAGCAGGAUGGUCCCACCACCCUGCUUGACUGUUAGGACUUUUUUGGGCAGGUGAUGAGCAGUGCCUGGUUGUCGCCACACAUACCGAUUAGAAUUGAGGCCAGAAAGUUUUAUCUUGGUCUCAUCAGACCAGAGAAUCUUAUUUCCCCACCAUCUUGGAGUCCUUCAGGAGGUUCUUUUCUUUUUUUUUUUUUUUUAAACCAAAAUCCAUGCGUACUUUCAUCUGUCUUGGAGAGGCUUCCAUCAGGCAAAUUUGUCAUCGAGCCCCGACUGGUGGAAGGUUGCAGUUUCUCCAAUGUUUUCUGUUUAAGGAUUCUGGAGGCCACUUUCCUCUUAGGAAACUUAAAUGUAGCAGAUUUUUUUUGGUAACCUUGGACAGAUUUUGCCAAACUUUCUGUCUCUGAGCUCAUUAGGCAGUACCUUUGACCUCAUGAUUCUCAUUUCACAUUUUAACAUGGAAUGUGCUUUAUAGGCAAGUGUGUGGCUUUCUUAAUCAAGUUCAGUCGGUAUAAUCAAACACAGUUGGUGUAAAACCAUUUUAAGGAUGAUCAGAAAGAAAAUGGACAGCACCCAAGUUCAAUUUGAGUGUCACAGCAAAGCGUUUGAAUACCUCUGUCAUAUUUCAGUUUUUCUUUUUUAAUAAAUCUGCAAAAAUUUCAACAAUUACAUAUUUUCUCUCAAUACCAGGUCCUAUGUGUAUAUUAACGAGUAAAAAUUGGGCUUUAAAUGAUUUUGGCAAAUGGCUGUCACACAACAAAGAGUAAAAGAUUUGAAGGGGGCAGAAUGCUUUUCUUACCGAGUGUAUAACUCCAGUUUCUGAACAAUUCCAAACUGGGUUUUUGUCUCUCUUCUUGAGGCAUUUAUAAAAAAAUAUAUAUUCUGGAAUGUCUAAUCCCAAUCUGCUAGUCAUUGUGGCAUUCUAAACAGUCUUUUCACUUGUUGACCGCACCUCUUACUAAAACAUGUCUGUUUUUACAUGUAUUUUGGACAUUUUCGAGUUUUGAAUGUCGUUUUAACAUUCCAUAGUUGACAGUUAGCAGUUAAAAACGGUUUUGGGAAAUUUUUUGUUUCAGUAAUUUCAUUUAUCGUUAGCAGGCCACACAAACAGGGAUGCACGUCAUAGCCAUCAUUUCGACAUUCAUUGCAGCUAAUCCAUGUGCAGCUUUCUUUUGACAUUUAUUUUUUUUGUUUUUUGGGUUCAUAGGAUUUUUUUUUUUUUUCUUGGUAAAGCUUGAAUAUAUUCUACGUUUAGACGCUGUCAAUAACUGAACGUUACACACCAGUUACUUUAUUAAUAGGGAGACUGUCAAGUAAAUUUCUCAGUUUUAUUCUUGCCUUAUUUAAUGGCAUGACUGAAAGUUAACUUCACAAUCAGGCUACUUUUCCAGUCAAACUUGGACAUGUGGUAAGAUAUCAGUCUCGUUUUAAAAUAUAUUAAUGGUUUGAUUUGUUGUUGACUGAAGGUAUGAACACGGAAUGUAACCAAUUAGCUACACUUGCUUAUCCGUGUUUACUUUGGUUGAUCAUUGAAGACAAGACAGCACACAAUGUUGCUGUGAUAAAUGUAAAAUACUAUAUACGAGAAUCUGGUCUUAUUAUGGUGCAAUUUGUGUAGCUUUCAUCUCAUUUUCUAUGUCCUCGGACGUAUUGUGCGUUUGUAUUAUGACUGAGGGCAGCGCAAAGGUCUGUACGCUUGUGUAACGUUUGGUGGCUUUGAAAACUGCAUUUUGUUUGAAACAUAGCUUUUAUUUAUGAAUGCAUAUAAAACAACCCUCAAAGCACAUGGUUAGGAUUCAGAUAAUGACUGAAUGGUCUUUAAUAUCAUGUAUGUAUUUUAUUUCAGUGUAAAUGUUUGCAAAGAAUAAAACAACAUUUGGUGGGCA